GUACUGUCGACGUGAAGUGACUUCCAGGUAACUUCAAAAACUAGUCCUGACAUUCCACCGACGGCUGUUUCAUCAGCAUCGGACCGAAGCAAACCAAUCAUGCAUAAACACUUUUUCCUGCUAUAAGGAACCUCAUUCCUCUGCACCUUGCCUACUUCGAAGAGUGAUCCUGCUCAACCCAGGCUAUGCGUGUAGCGCUGUCUUACUGUCCUUCAAUAGUGUGGGCGGCUCCUGCUCUUGCAGGAUACAUGGAUCCUCCAAUCACACUCCCAGAUGGAGGAGAAACGCCUGGUGGUGAUGGCUUGGGUACUCUGGUCUUUGUGCAUGGCAGAUCUUUGAUUGGCAGGUACCGAAGAAAGCACCAGAAACAAGGGAUUUGCAGCGUGUAUGCAUACUCUGUGGAGGUGAAGGAUCCCAGGCAACUAUGGCAAUUAUAGAGUCCAGCCUACGCAUCAGUACUA